AUUUGUUUCCUAAUAUUUAAUAAUGAUGAUAAUGUAAAUUGUUUAAACCGCACCACGGACCCUAUCAUUGAUUAAUGCACCAAAAUAUUAACAAGUUUAAUAUUUGUGUAAAAUUUGUUCAUCAUUUGGUUUGAGAUUGAAAGUACUUCCAAAGAGAUUAAGGGGUGACAUCAUGGCUAACAACGAAGGAAAAAUAAAAUAAAUUAAAAAAAGAAUAAAAAAAUUGGGUUUUCAAAGGUGGGUAAUUCUGAAGAAUCUGCUCAGUGAUGUAGAAAAUUUUUUGUGAGAGCUACGGUCAUGUUUCCAUGCUAUUAAUAAAUAUUGCAGAGUAUAAAGAACUCCGUUGAAAAUGGGACACAAUUAUUUGGACAUGGAUUAUUUUAUUGACACAUUCUCAUGAUGUCAAUAAAAAAGUAUUUCUGCAAACUUUCUUAAAAGACCAAGUGAUUAGAAAAACAUAAGUUGACUGAUUGUAGCUAAGCAUAAAACAAAAUGAACACACUCUUGUAUAGAGAGCAAGGUUUAACAAUUGAUUCGUUCAACAAAAAAUCAAAUGAAAGCGUAGAUUAUAUUGGAAAAACGAUGAAAAGAAAGCUUUUGGUGCUUCUCUUUCUGGUCAUUAUUUUCUUGGUUAAAUCAGAGACUACGAAAAAAAGCAAACAUUUCGUGCUAGUCCAUGGGUCUUGCCAUGGAGGUUGGUCAUGGUACAAACUGGUGAGCCUUAUCAAAUCAUCGGGCCACAGAGUGACGGCGCUUGACUUGGCCAGUUCGGGAGUGGAUCCGUUGCGGGCAAGCGAGGUGGGAUCUAUGUAUGACUACUUGAGGCCAUUGAUGGAUUUCAUGAAAGGUGUUGGUGGGAGUAGUAAAAGAGAGAGCAUUAUUAUGGUGGGUCAUAGCCUGGGAGGACUGGCCAUCUCCAAAGCUAUGGAGGAAUUCCCGUUGAUGAUCGAUGUGGCUAUUUUUGUCACCGCCUUGAUGCCUGGUCCCUCUCUCAAUGUUUCCACUCUCUACCACCAGUCAUUGAAAAGUUCAGAUGCUCAAAUGGACAAUCACUACACAUACGACAAUGGGCCAAACAACCCUCCAACAACUUUCAUUUUCGGGAAAUCGUUUCUAGCAUCAAAAGUAUACCAAAGAAGCCCGUAUGAGGAUUUGGAACUUGCAAUCAUGUUAAUGAGACCAUUACCAUUGUUUAGCGACGAGGACAUGUCGAAAGAGUUAACCUUGAGCGAAGACAAAUAUGGGUCAGUUGAUCGAGUCUAUAUCAUAUCAGAGAAAGAUAAAGUGAUGAAUAAAGAUGUGGAAGCAUGGAUGCUUAUUAACAAUCAACCUAACCAUGUUAUCACAAUCAAUGGCUCAGAUCACAUGGUCAUGAUGUCGAAGCCAAUAAGUCUUUGGAAUCACCUUCAAAACAUUACAAACAAGUACAACUGAUUAGAAAACUCAACAACUAUUGUGAGCUUCAGUUGGUUUUUUUUUUCUUUUAGAAAAAAAUAAUAAAAUUAAGAAUGUUAUCAUCUCCAUUGCAAUAAUAACGAAAAAUUGGAAAUCUUUUA